UCUAGCAAGCUGUCUUGUCAAAAAUUGUCAGUCGAUCGAAAUGUUAUAAAAAUAUUUCUCUCCAAAGAUGUUUUUAUUUGAAACAAUGCCAUAAAAAUUGCAAUAUCUAACAACCGCCAACCUUAUCAAAACCAAGAAGAUGGACACGUGCUGUGUUAUCCUUGCUUGUUUGCUCCUCAUUCAGAUGGCAUUAAUUUUGAUCAUGCUCAACCCUGUGUACGAUGUCAAAAAGAUCUCUCAGUACCUUGAUAUUUCAACAAAAACACACAGAAAGCUAUACUUCUGCUGCGUUUCGUGUUACUUCAUCACUGUUGUUUAUCUUGGUAUGUAUAUUCCUCUUCAAAGCAUACACAAAUUAAUUUUUUCAGAUAGCCUAAAUGAAUUUGAGAAAAUGAUUCUGUUGAGUAGAAUUGAAAAGAACUACAUCAUUGCCGGCUUCUCCCUUUUCCUGGUCGUGGUAAUGUACGGUGUAAGAGCAUUAGUGUCGUACACAGUAAGCCUUAUGGAAUUGACUGAUAACGAGGUAGUUCUAGAAUCAGAAUCCAAAGUACAGAAGAAACUGAAUACGAAUAUUUUGGCAAAUCUACUCAAAGUGAAGAGAUCAGUUUCCUACGAGACAAUCCUUUUUACAAACGAGAUUCGGGAACAAUUAAAGGCCGUUAUUCGUAACGUCGAAUUCCCUCAUAAUAAAUGUGCCCUGUCAAGUAUUUUGGAGUCGCCGGGUAUUACCAUUUGAUAUUUCUUGCAAAUAUUAUUCUGCUAUUGAAAGAUUAAAGUUAUUUUAGUUCUGAAUGUUCUUAAUUAUUGCUUUAUUAUAUUACAGUGGUUAAGAUUCAAAACAUAUAGCUGAUAUGAUAGCUGACAAAACGUUGCUUAUAAAUAAAAGUAUGAAUCGUGAAUCCCAUGGACCAUGAACACACAGAUACACUGUAAUGCACAUGAUUUUUCAUGAGUUACUUAUUUAUUUAUUUAUACUUUAUUUUACAUUAAAAUUACAGUAUUAUGAUUUAUUUUCAAUAAAGAUAUACAACAGGGGAGCUUAACUCUGUAAGAGUUCUCUUUCAGUAAACCCUGAGUGGAAGGGAGCAUUAAUUACCAGCGGGUUGUGUGCGUAUAAUAAGAAGAAAAUAACAGUAUGGUUGUUUCUAUUAAAAAAUAAUAAAUAUGUUUACCUAAAUACAAAGUAACUUAUAUACUUAUAUUCAAAAUACACACAUAUCUAUAUAAUAAUACAUAUAUGUAAAAUAUUAUCUUUAUACAAAAUAACACACACAAAUAUAAUAAGUCUAUAAGGAGAGAAGAUGCUCUUUUAAUCUGCUCUUGAAAAUAUUCAGCGAUUGACUUUGAUGAAUGUACUUAUGUUAAUUAUUAUUUUACUAACAAAUAUCACACGAGUAGUAUUUUGCUUGGAAAAAUCCUCUAAAUUUAUCUAUUAUGAUGCUACCUAAGGUUGUAACAAUGUUUACCAUCGAAUAUUCUAUAUUCAACACAAUGUGGUAAUAAUUCUAUAUGAUAGAUAAUUCAUCGCACUUAUCAGAGUGUAAACAUACUUGACCCUUUCAAGCCCUUCCCAUGAGACGAACGUUCCCGGAAUACGUGACGUCAAAUCCCUUAAUCACAAUGAGCUAAUGUCAUUGUUUGUGUUAUUGUAUAAUGUACUUUAAGCUUAUAGUCAGAAAGUAUACUUGAGAAAAAUAGUUAUCGUGUAUUAAAAUGAGUACAAUAUUUCUAAAGUGCUUUUCUAGUGUAAAUUUUCUGAUUAAAUAAUAGUUAUAGGUAACAUUUUGUAUGUGAGAGAGAUACUUUUUUAAUGAAAUUAGAAUAGCAACGCUUGCUCCAUUCUUUGAUACUUGAAUGAUAGGUGGAGGUU